UUUUGUCUCGUCGUCAGUCAAGACGUAAUUAUCUUUUUUUUAUGAAGUAACGUCUGUUAUAUAUAAGAUAAGAUAAGAAUGCAUAAAUGAGACAUAGGAAAUUGUCUUAAAUCUUACGAAAAUGUGUUUUCACGACAUUCUGAAUCAACUCGACGUUAUAUAUUCGACAUUUUAGAAUUGCAAAGUGAAUUAAGGAGAUAGCAGUCAUCUAAUUCAUAGUUACUAGUUGGAACAUUCACUUUCAAAGACUGAAGGAUAUCCAACAAUCUAAGUAAUGUCCCUUUUAUUAGGAAAGUGUGAAAUGUAAAUCAGUUUAUUAUGGUACAUCUUUACAUGGUAUAUUUAAUUAUUGUACGUCUCAAUGUGGUACAUUUUAUUAUUCAUAUUAUAGUAGACCUUAUUUUCUAAUGGUACAUCUCAUUGUGGUACAUAUCGUUACGGUACAGCUUAUUAUGGUACAUCGUAUUAUGGUACAUCCUAUUAUGGUACAUCUUAUAAUGGUACAUCUUAUUAUGGUACAUCUUUUUAUGGUACAUCUCAUUGUGGUACAUAUCGUUACGGUACAUCUUAUUAUGGUACAUCGUAUUAUGGUACAUCUUAUUAUGGUACGGUAUUAAUGUUAGAUUUAUUUAUCAGUUAGGCCUGCAUAGUUAUGUACUCUCUAGCCCUCCUGGCACAUGUAACUCUGGGACAGAAGACUUAUACAUGCCAGCUUGGCCAGUUCUGGCCAAACCACAAUCAACAACGUGUCGAUACCGCAUUGAACUGAAUCUACAUUAUUAGCCAAUUAAAACAGUGAAAGUUGGUCGUACGAUGUAACCUUACAAGGAAAGGACCUAGAAACUGAAAGUGAUGGAGCUGCUUGUCAUCUAACGCAUACACGUUUAAAUCUUUUUUUUUUAAAUUCCAUUCCCGUGGUGCAUAGCGCAAUGCAGUUUAACUUUCCCACUAUGGGCAUUAGCAGUUCAUUAGGCUAGUGACUACCGAAGAUUGAUCGCCGCACAGAAUGGAAGAUCUCUCUCUGCUAUUUCUCUUGUCUUUGACAUUGGCAGCCUCUUUCGGCUCUAAUGAACUAUCUACUGUGAAGCUUCAGGCCAAGCCAGGAACCAUACACCCUAUUCUGACUAAAGUACUCGAACUGAGAUGUUCAGUGCAGAAUAAGAACUGGGAGUCUCUCGACCAAAGCAAGACAACUCCUACAAUACAACAUUUCACUUCCCAGCAGUCAUUAUGGAACGACACGGUCAAUUACUUUGACGAUUCAAAAUUUGAAAGCUCCACUUCUCAAGGUCAGGCGGAAUUUUCUCGUCUGCUGACACUGGUCGUGUCAAAGGUCAACAAAGAAUCAGGAGAGAAUGAAACAAUAGCCAGUGUGACCGGAUGUGAUACUCCCGUGAUUGAGAACAAAUUUGUGAACACUCUCCAAGUGGUAGGUAGCACUGAAGGCUCACCAGUAGAAGGGGAACAGGGCUACCUAACUUUAACAUGGGAUAGCCCAGUCGAGAAACAUGGCGGCUACUUCAUCUGUGAGGCGUUUGCCUUAAACUCCAACAAGCAUCCUGUCUCACUCUCAGCUUCUCUUCAAAUCAACGCCGUGCAGCCACAAAUUUCUGACCUGGUCAAUUAUAUUUCUACACUGGACAGGUACGUCCUUGACCUGAAAGCCAAGGUCACCGAAAUGCAGAAAGAUCAAAAUACCCAGACUGGCAAGUUUCAAUGCUACAGUACAACCAGUGUUGACUUUAAUCUUCCUUUUAACAAUACUCCAAAAGUAAUUGUGUCCCCGAGCUCCAUUUCAUGGGGCUAUUCCGAAUACUCUACCUACUCCAUUUCAAUUGAGAGUGUCUCAAACACGGGCUUUGAAGUCCUAUGCAGUUAUCCCAGGCAAUCAAUGGAGAUCAUGUGGCUUGCCAUUGUCUAGUGCAGUGUUUAUCAAACUUUCUCCUUAACGGAACACUUCGCAAAUUCUGAGUAUUUACCGGACACUUUGCUUAUUUUUUUAGAGAGAUCACGUGGUGUCGUUUUAGUUAGGCCUAAUUAUUGCAGUAGUUUGUGGAACACUAUUCAGGCCUCGCGGAACGUUAGGGUACCUCGGAAUACAGCUUGAGAAACACUGGUCUAGAGGCUCCAUACUAAACCUUGUAACUUAUAUAAUAUAAAUUAUAUUAUAACAAAAUGUCACACUGCAGCUUACUUGAUCUAGUCACUCAACACUAAUCAGAUUUUUAUAUAAUUCAAAUAAGUUUCUGUAGAAUGGCUAUUUCUUUUACUACAUAAUCGUACAAGGUGUAUUGUUGUAACGUAAGAUACUUUAUCGAUAUAAGCUUGUAUCUUAAAUGCCUAAAGUGGUUGACAAUUUUUAAGUUAAUUUAUUUAUUUAUAUAACUAUCUCGAUACAGAUAAAGCAAACAAAUAGAUCUGCUGGGUAUCAAAUGUAAAUAAAACACUUAAGAAAAAUAUAAGAUCUUUUUUGUUGACUGGCGAACAUUUUUUUGGCUUCCCUGUUAAUCUGUUAGCUUUGUCAACUUACCUGUUUUAACAAGGCUUAUGUCUGUCUGUCUGGUAAAAAAAGCAGUGUGUUAACAUUUACACCCAUCCUGGGAUCAGUUGAAACUUUCCACAUUUAUUUAUUGUACAUAACGAAACAAGAAUCAAUUAAAAAAAUCAAUCUAUUAGUCAAUUAAAUAUUGGCAUUAAUUAAGUUUGAUAUUGGUUAAGGGAAAUAAAUCUCAUUGC